AAGUGAAGUUAUGAAUAGCAUUCUAUUCUUUGUUUAUUGUGAUCAUUAUUUUCUUUACAAUUACUUUGAUAGAGGCAACAAAAGGAAGGAUAAGGAAUCAGGAUUGAUCAUCGAUGGAGACAGAUAUUGUAGUUGGGGGUUCCCAUCCCUUCAAAAUUGAAAAGGAGCAUGAGACGUCAUCUCAUACAGAACUAAAGACGGAAGAAAAGCGCAGGAUCCCCAAGAUAUUGGCUCCAAAGAUUAAUUUAGAUGAGAUGAAGAAGACUUCUCCAUUGGUUGUCGUGACACCUACAGGGCGAGGGAGACUGCAGAGACAAUCAAGUGUAAAGUUAAACUGCCUGUGUUCGCCUACCACACACGUCGGAUCCUUUAGGUGCCGACAUCACAGAACUUCCAGUCUUAGUCACUCUGGUGGCUCUGUUGGCUCCAACCUUUCCGAGUUAGCUGCAAAAUCGGGUGGUUCAAUCGGCAACUCACUACAUGCUCAGUAGGGCCAAACUACUGUUGGAAAGGGUUUUAACCUUCCUUCCCUUUUAGUUCCAUGAUUGUCAAGGAUGAUGGAUUUGAUUAUUGUACGCAUUGUAAUUGUACUUAUAUGUGUCAAGGGUUUGAGAAGUUUUAUCUUG